AUGGAAGUCCGUUUUGCAAUUCAUGAUUUGAGCAAUGGCAUGGCACGAAAUCUGUCUGCUCAAUUCUUGGGACCAAAUCAUGUCCUGGAAAUGUUUCCUCAUACAGGAUUGUUAUGUUUUGGCAAAGAAUACUUCUUUGGUGGAGGUAUUCAAGCAGUCGACCCCAACCUUUUUCGACGAAGCAGAGGUAUUGAACCAUGUCAAAUUCAAUCCCUCGGCGUAACAGAAAUUUCAAAGUCUGAAUUUGAAGCCUGGUGUCAAGGCUCGGGUCAAUGCAAAUUCAACAUCAAUUCAUAUGAUCUUUUGUCUAGAAACUGCAACAAUUUUUCUCAUGAAGCAGCACUUAACGGAUUGAAACUACUAAGAGGCGUACCUGAAUGGAUCUUGAGUGUCCCACAACGAUUCUUGUCGUCGCCAAUGGGUAUGAUGAUUAGACCUUUGUUGGAGGAGAUGCAGAUAACUCAAAUGGCCCCAUUUCAGGGCAGUGUUGAUACACAGUACACCACUGUACGUCUGCAAUUGACGUCAUCAUUACAGAUGGCAUCACCAGCUUCACCUAGUACGGCCAUGUUGCGGCUGAUAGUUUUGAAGUACGCCGAAGGCACUGUUGACUGCAUGGAAUGGCUGUUUGGUGCGACGCUGUUUCCAGACACAUGGAAAACACCAACUACAAGAUCUCUGGCGUGA